AUGGAAGUCCUACCAGAAGGCGAACAGAAUCCCCCAGUGACCCGCGAAAUGAAGGGUACUUCCAAAUCACUCACGCUCGCGGUGGCAGCCAAACGUCCAAACCGUGAAGAUGCUAAGCUCGAUGGUGUCGGAGAUAGAGGUGGUGGUGGUGGCAGAAACCCAUUAUUAAGCGACUUCAGCUCCCUCAUAAGGAAAAAGCAACUUUUGAAUGAACAAUGCGUAACAAAUGAUUAUUCCUGA